AUGGAGCGAGCGCGCGGACCGCGGGCUGAAGCCGGCGCGCUGGAGGAAGAGGAGGGGGCCGUCAUGGCGGCUUUGACGGCGGCGGCGGGGGGUGCGGGUCCAGCUGUCCUGCAGGUGGCCGGCCUCUAUCGGGGUCUGUGCACCGUGCGCAGCCGCGCCUUGGGCCUGGGGCUUGUUUCACCCGUUCAGUUGCGCGUGUUCUCGGUGCGCCGGGGCUCGGGCGGGCCUGCGGGGGGCGCCGACGGCAACGGGGUAGCGGCAGAGCUCGAAGCCAACCCCUUCUACGACCGCUAUCGGGACAAGAUUCAGCGACUGCGCAGAUCUGACCCUGCUGCUUUUGAGUCUCGCCUGGAGAAGCGCAGUGAGUUUCAGAAGCAGCCAGUAGGACACUCCAGGCAAGGUGACUUUAUCAAAUGUAUGGAACAAAAGACAGACACCAUGGGGAAACAGUCUAUGAGCAGAGGAUUCACUAAGGAUAAGACUCUAAAUUCAAUCUUUAACAUUGAGAUGGUGAAAGACAAGACAGCAGAAGAAAUAAAACAGAUUUGGCAACAAUAUUUUGCAGCAAAAGAUACAGUCUUCGCAGUUAUUCCUGAAGAAAAGUUUGAUUUGAUCUGGAACCGGGCUCAGUCCUGUCCAACAUUUCUGUGUGCACUGCCUAGGAGGGAAGGUUAUGAGUUCUUUGUAGGACAAUGGACAGAUACUGAACUCCACUUCACUGCGCUUAUAAAUAUUCAGACCCGAGGGGAAGCUGCAGCCAGCCAGUUGAUUUUAUACCACUAUCCUGAACUUAAAGAAGAAAAGGGAAUAGUGCUGAUGACAGCAGAAAUGGACUCCACAUUUCUGAAUGUUGCCGAGGCACAGUGCAUUGCCAAUCAAGUUCAGCUUUUCUAUGCCACUGAUCGGAAAGAGACCUAUGGGUUAGUGGAGACUUUUAACCUCAGGCCAAAUGAGUUCAAAUAUAUGUCUGUCAUCGCUGAAUUGGAGCAAAGUGGACUUGUAGCAAAACUGAAGUGUGCCCAGAACCAAGAUACGACUUAA